CGGGUCACUCCGCUGGCUGUUCUUAGGCUCCCGGCUCGCCGCCAUCUUGUAUUGGGGCUUCAUUGUUCGCGCUGGGCCGGGCGGUUUAGUGUCAUUGCCGCCGGGAGGAGGAGGCGGGAUAACCUCCGGUCCGCCGAGAAAUCCCGCUAUUCUGCAAGCCAGAGCCACUCACACGUUUUGGGAGGUAGUCAAGGGUAGGGAGCUGGACCCAGAGGCGCCGCGGCGACAGCAGCAGCCAUGGAGGACGAGAUGCCCAAGACUCUAUAUGUCGGUAACCUUUCCAGAGAUGUGACAGAAGCUCUAAUUCUUCAGCUCUUUAGCCAGAUUGGACCUUGUAAAAACUGCAAAAUGAUUAUGGAUGUAAGGACAGCUGGAAAUGAUCCAUAUUGUUUUGUGGAGUUUUAUGAGCAUCGUCAUGCAGCUGCAGCACUGGCUGCUAUGAAUGGGCGGAAGAUAAUGGGUAAGGAAGUCAAAGUGAAUUGGGCAACAACCCCCAGCAGUCAAAAGAAAGAUACAAGCAGUAGUACCGUUGUCAGCACACAGCGUUCACAAGAUCAUUUCCAUGUCUUUGUUGGUGAUCUCAGUCCAGAAAUAACAACUGAAGAUAUAAAAGCUGCAUUUGCGCCAUUUGGAAGAAUAUCAGAUGCCCGAGUGGUAAAAGACAUGGCAACAGGAAAGUCUAAGGGCUAUGGCUUUGUCUCCUUUUUCAACAAAUGGGAUGCAGAAAACGCCAUUCAACAGAUGGGUGGCCAGUGGCUCGGAGGAAGACAAAUCAGAACUAACUGGGCAACCCGAAAGCCUCCAGCUCCAAAGAGUACAUAUGAGUCAAACACCAAACAGCUGUCAUAUGAUGAGGUUGUAAAUCAGUCUAGUCCAAGCAACUGUACUGUAUACUGUGGAGGAGUCACUUCUGGGCUAACAGAACAAUUAAUGCGUCAGACUUUUUCGCCAUUUGGACAAAUAAUGGAAAUUCGAGUCUUUCCAGAUAAAGGAUAUUCAUUUGUUCGAUUCAACUCCCAUGAAAGUGCAGCACAUGCAAUUGUUUCUGUUAAUGGAACUACUAUUGAAGGUCAUGUUGUGAAAUGCUAUUGGGGCAAAGAAACUCUUGAUAUGAUAAAUCCUGUGCAACAGCAGAAUCAAAUUGGAUAUCCACCAGCUUAUGGCCAAUGGGGCCAGUGGUAUGGAAAUGCUCAACAAAUUGGCCAGUAUAUGCCUAAUGGUUGGCAAGUACCUGCAUAUGGAAUGUAUGGCCAGCCAUGGAACCAGCCAGGAUUUAAUCAGUGGAUUUCUCUCCCCUCUUCUUUCACAUGCUCUCCCAGUCAGACACAGACUACUCCGCCAUGGAUGCAACCAAAUUAUGGACUGCAGCCACCUCCAGGACAGAACGGCAGCAUGUUGCCUAAUCAGCCUGCAGGGUAUCGCGUGGCAGGGUAUGAAACCCAGUGAAAAAGGACUCCAAAAUCUAAAGCCAGUGGCUUGAGGCUACAGAGAGUGUAGUAAAGCCGUUGUUUACUUAAAGAUUUAAUCAAAUCAGUCAGUGCAAAUGUCAGAUACAAUGUAUUUAUUUAAAUGUUCAUUUUUUAAUCAUGAAAUUACUUAACCAUCCAUAUUGUUUUAAAAAGAAACAAGAUGCUGGAUGUCUGCCAAUUUUUGCCUUCAUUACCUUUUUUAAUAAAGUUUCUCAGAUCCUUGUUUCAAACACAAAUGCAGGGAUUGCUGCCACUUUUUAAAAAUUAAGAGGCAGAAAAUUGCACAAUGUUGAACUUUUUUUCCACUAAAGUAGUGUGCAGUUCUAGUUUGCAUUCCUGAUAUGAUUUAAAACAUGUAAUAUAAAGAUAUAAAAAACAAAACAUGAAAAACCAAAACUGUGCAGUCUCGAAGUUCUUUAUAAUCUUCAGAUUGUGCACAAUUCUGUUUUAAGUCUUUUUACAAAGGUUUGUUUGAACUAUCCCAUCUCCACUGUUUUCCUUUUGGGGUUUUUUAAUAUAAAUUAUUAGUUUACAUCAUUUUUGUAUCUACAUUUUUUCACAAAUUUGUCUUGCCUUAUUAAAGUUCUGUAUAAUAUACUUAAAUGGAAAAACAAAUGUUCACUUAGAUUGAAAAUUUUUCUCAGAUGGAUUGUUAAUUGCAUUCAUCUUGUGUUUUAUAUGAGAAGGUGCCUCAAGAACUCCCUGUUAACUUUGUUUAAAAGAAUUUUUAACUUCUGUGAUAAAUUUUGCUGUGUACCAGGAAUAUAAAAACAAAAAACUUGUUACUAAAGCAAAUCUCUGAAAUGUGAUAAGUUCUUAUGAACUGUGCUAAUUUCAUGUGUCAACUUCUACAUUUACAUGUAUUAUUUCAUUAUGAAAAUGUUUUAGCAGUUUAAUAUUUUGCACAGUUAGCUAACUUUGUAUGUCAUUUCCUUCUUAAAGGUAUCAUGCAGAGUUGACAGGAGAUUUGUAAGAUUUUAAGUUGUUUGCAUGUGAUUAUCAAAUAUACACUUUGGUAGUCUUUGAAUACAAAGUCAUCUGCUCUUGUUUUUUGAGAACUUUUAGACAAAGUUGUAUGUAAAGGAAUAUAUUAAUUUGCCAUUUCCUAGUUUGUAUUUACUCAAAAAGAGUAAAUCAACUUAAUUUUAAUAUGUACAGAUAAUAGCUGUGAAACUAGAAUAUCCUUACGUCAGGCUUGGGGUUCAUUAUGAACUCCAAAAUUAGCCUGAAGGACCAGCCGGGCAAAGCAUUUUUUAAAUAUUCAGAGGCCAAAAGAUAAACAAAAAAAACCUUUAAAAUCCUACCUCCUUAAACAGCCUUCAAAGAGGAGAAUCCUCAGUGCAAUCAUUAUUUUGAUUCUUUUGGUACCUGUUUUCCUGGAGUUCCCAAUUUUAUUAUAUUUUGGGGUGACUCCAAGCAUUAAGAGAUUUAAUCUUUGAUAGCAUUGUUCUAGUUUUGAAAUUUCUAGUACAUUUCAGAGUCUCUUAGAAUAGUUUUGUUUUGUUUUGUUUUGUUUUUUCAUUGAAAGUCACAAACUCCCUUCCUUGACUCACAAAGGGGAAGGGUCCCCAGUAUACAUAUUUGGGUGGUCAGUUGUUUUUAAGAGCUUCAGAUAGCUCCUAGUACGUUAUUUAGGAACAGAAAAGGCCUGUAUCUCCUAAAGGGGAACAAAUGACUCUAAGCUGGUCUCUAAGCCAAUGCUCUUGUAAACCAGAGCCCAGGAAAGACAACUCAUUAGUAUAUAAUUCUCUGGAGCUCAAUUCUAUGCAGUUGUACUAAUGUUUCAUUAAGUCACUGUGUAUUUUUAAGUGUUGCUACAUUAAAAGUUGCUUUAUGAAAGAUGAGUAAAUUAUUUAAAUACUUGGAAAUUUUAUUUCCUUGUUAACUUCUACAGAUCAGGACAUGCAACCAAAAGUAGUGUAAGUGAAAUAACUCAAAAAAUAAAAUAUCAGGAAGCUAUUUUUAAAUUAUUCUGGCUUAUGUUUCUAUUUUAGGACCUUCAUUUUUCACUGUUUCAGAAAUAUUUACUACACAUCUGUGGAGAGCAGGGUAAAUUAUUUGGGCAUAAAUAAGCAAAAGUAUAGUUUUUCUUUUAUUUUGACGAUGUCAAGUAGUAAUACUUUUUAUUAGCCAGUAUAUUUUUUUAGUGUACAAAUCUUAAAACGUACAUUGACUACUUUCUGGAAGAAAAAAAAUGGUAUGAUGAAAAGGUUACUACUGAACAAAUUCAUAUUUAGGAACGUUGAUAAUUUUUAUUUUAAUCUUACUCUGUGAAAACAAAUCACUUAACCUUUUUUCUUUAGUCUAAACUUACUGGCAUUAGUAUCAGGAAAAUAAAUUAUAAGUUUUAAAAAUGGUUUUAUUCUUUACAAUAUGCAUUCAAAUUUUAUUUUUAAAUACAUCUGGUACUAUAAGGAACCUGAUGUGACUCACAUUUAAUGGGUCAUUAAUCCAGUAUUUUUUGCCCUGUUUGGAUAUUAAAGUUUCUUUAUGUUUUCUAUAACUUGUGGGAUCUUCAGUGAUUAUUGUGUGAUAGACUUUUUUCUUUUUGGUCUAACCAUAUUGUUAUAUUCAUUCAGAUAUUUGUUAGAUUUUUAAAAAUCUUAUUCCAGAAACCAUGGUUUGCAUUGUGUUUCUGUUUAAUACAACAAAGAAUUGGAAUUAUUUAGAUUCAAGUCAUUAUAAACCAAGAUCUUAUUUUCCUUGAUAUUAUCUCUUUGUAGAAAAUGAAAUUCACAUUAUAGUUUUAUUCUGUUUUAUCCCUGUGUUUUCUCCUCUCCUUUUGUAUUCCUCUUCCUUUUGUGUUAAGAGUUCUACUACAUUUGAGAAGGACUAGAUUAUUAGGACUAGAUUGCAUAUACAAAGAGAGUUAGGUUUACUAAGUGCUAUUGGUGCUCUUCAGGUGAUAGUCAAUUUGAAAAAUAAAAUGCGUUUAUAGGAAAUAAAAAGCACACCCUUCCAUUGAAAGA